AUGGUUGUGGGCGCUGAAGCAUCUCCACCAUUAACAACAACAUCGGAUUCUACUACCACAACUUCAAUACUCUCAUCGCCAUCUGGCUCAUCGUCAAAUAAAAGUUCAUCAGAAAUCACAACGACAUCUUCAUCUUCCACAACCGAUGAUAAUUCGUCAAAACAUAGUUUAAUCGUUAAUUAUUUACCACAAUCGAUAAAACAGAGAGAAUUUUAUCAUUUAUUUUCUAAAAUUGGACCAUUAAAAUCAUGUAAAUUAAUGUUUGACAAAGAAACAGGAUAUUCAUAUGGAUAUGGUUUUAUUGAAUAUACAACAGCUGAUCACGCUGAACAAGCAUGUAAACAAUAUAAUGGAUAUCAAAUUGAACACAAACGAUUAAAAGUAGCUUAUGCUAGACCACAAUCACUAGAAACAAGAAACACAACUCUUUAUAUAAAAAAUAUACCGUGUCAUUAUGAUGAGAGUGUAUUAGACGAUUUAUUUGCAAAAUAUGGCAAAAUAAUUCAGACACGUGUUAUUCGUGACCAAGAUACUCAGUCAUCAAGAGGCAUUGGAUUUGUUAUUAUGGAAACACGUUCACAAGCGCAACAAGCGUGUCAAGAAUUAGACGGAACAAUACCGAAAGAUGGUCAAGAACAGUUAGUUGUCAAAUUUACCGAUCCAGACAGUAAAAGAAGAAAUAUGGUUAAAGUAUUAGGUGAACAUUAUGGCCAUGGUAGUGAGAUGAACGCAGCGUGGGGAAUGUCUCCACAGUAUUACGGAGGCAGUGAUGAAUUUAGUUUUGAUCUUAUCAAUGCAGAUAAACAAUAUCAAAUAUCAACAUUAACAAAUUCGAACGAUAAAACAGUUAAGCGUUUUCGUUCAAAUCGAUUUGAUUCAACUCAACAAUGGCCUGCUUCAUCGUCUACGUUGGCAUCUGCCUAUUAUGAACCAUAUUAUGCUUUGACUGUCGCAGCAGCUGGAACUGCAUUAUCAGUAGGUGGUUAUCCGCCACCUUCAUACAAUCAAGCGUAUGAUACCGGUCUCUAUGGACCUGGUCUCACGUCAGCCGCUGCGAUAACAGCAUCCUUACCUCAGUUCGAUAAUUCUUUAAAUAAAAAUAUCGGAUAUUUAGUUUAUGUCUAUGGCAUCGGACAACGAGCAACUCAACAAGAAUUAGUUCAAUUAUUUCAACAAUUUGGCAGAGUUCUAAAAUGUGACAUUAUUAUUGAUUUUAAUACUGGGCUAUGUAAAGGUUUUGCAUUUGUUGCUAUGGAACGUUACCAAGAUGCACAAAUGGCAAUACAAAAUUUAAAUCGAAUGCCGUUUCAUGGAAGAACACUACAAGUUCGAUUUAAAACACAAUAA